AUGCUCGGCGACAGGUUCAUCAACGAUGUGCUGAGGGAGAGGCAUGCGUGGCGGCGAGCCAUGCGACAGAGUGACGUACAAGAAUGUCUUGCACCGACUUCACGGGCGGCGAAGUCAAAUAUGGGGCCUGUCUUUCGCCGCGGCUGCACCGAUAACGUCUGCAGUCUGCGCUUUGUCAACGGUUUGCGCAACCGCGAUGAAGAACCAGGCACCCGCCGCAGGGAGAGGGCGCUGCGGCAGCGCCUGCAGGAAUGCUGGAACUCCAGUACGGUGGUCUCCAGCAGCCGUCCAAACUUGCUGCUUAAUCUUCUUUUGCAACAACUGGAGUCUCGCGGCUUCUCCACGCGCUACGAAGCGUCCCGCGACGAUUUGCUAAAGACGCAGGCAGAAAGGGUGGCGAGACGCCAGAAGCAACGGGACGCAGAGAAAGCUGCCGCUAUUGUGCAACGGGCACAAGUACAACGAGAAGACGUUCUUCUGGAGGAAUCUCGCAAACGGAGGGCGGUGCACGACGACGAACGACGAAAAUGGAAAUCCAUCAUGACUCUCAUGCAUGACGAAGACUUGGUUCUCCUCGCUAAUACUGAAUUUUCGGCAAGAAAAAGAAUUUUCCAGGAAAACGUCGCGGCUUACAACACCAUAGAGGCAGAAGCGCAGAAAAGCAUGCAGUCCAUUACAAAUCUACAUCCUCUCCUUCAAAAAACGUACCUUACCAUACUCCAGCAGGAGAGGCAGAAAAGGAGAAGCCUUGAGUUGAAAUGCACAAACCAAAGAGAUGCUAUCUACACACAGCUUCGCCACAACAUCGAAUAUAAUAUUCUUGCUGAAAUGCGACGUGCUACAGCGUUAGAAAAUCUGCUUCACCAGGUGUCGAGGCUCUCCCCCACGGUGUCUCACCCAUGA